UUGAUUGCUGGCGACAACAGCAAUGUGACUGCUCGUCGGUCGUCGUUCUACUGUCUACUACAGCCGGGCGCGCGGGAAUCUGCCUCCAGACCGCGGCACAUAAUGAUAUACGUGGACAGAUGACUAUGAGCAUCGACCAGAAGUUGAUGUACGCCUUCAGAGGGUGGAUAGCUUUUGUGGCCUUCAUGGACCUCGGCGUCGCCUUCCGCUCCUUCAUCGAGAAACGCUGCUUCCUCGGCGAGUACGCAGAUGACAAGUCCGACCAACUGAUAGAGCAGAAUGAUCCCACUCUGCCUCGUGUCCUAGGAAUGUACUCUAUACUGAAAGCAAUAGCACUUAUCCAUUGUACAGUUUUCAUUCACUAUAGGCCCAUUAUAAGCAUGGGGAUCUGCUCACUGUUGCUGACCAUUAUAAUGUACUUGAUGGAAGCCCUGUACUACCAGUCGGCUACGUUGAACUUCUACAUCAUCUUCCCUUGCGCUCUCAACAGUCUGACUCUCAUAGGGUUAGCUAUCUUACCACGGAGACUAUUGGAGGCCCCGUCUCUUGUAGAGGAUGAAAAUGCAGAACUUCUAAAGCAGGCGACAGCGUUCAAAAGAAGAAAAGGGCCAAAAAAAGUGAACUGAUAUUUACAAACAUUUGUAGCAAUAACUCCUGCAAUUUUGUAGGCUUUAUUUGAUUCUUGCCUUUUGUAUAUAUUGUGUUAAGAAUAGUUAUGUAUUAGUUAUUAAUGAAUUAUGUUUAUUAUUAUUACAAGAUUAGAAAAUAAAGAUUACACAAAAUUGA